UGAAGGCUUGGUGUGUUUCCAUGAAACUGCGAUUUUGUUUAGAGAAUUUUCGCUUAAAGCAAUUUUUUAAAGAAAUUACUUCUCUUUUUUCUCCUCAAAUAUGGGUUUACUCGAUAGGUUAGGUAGUUGGCUGGGCUUUAAGAAGAAAGAGAUCAAUGUUCUAUGCGUUGGUCUUGACAACAGUGGGAAAACUACCGUCAUAAACAAGCUAAAACCGGACAAGGCACAAGCUCAAGAUAUAGUCCCUACAAUAGGUUUUACAGUAGAAAAAUUCACAAGCCAAAGCUUAAAUUUUACAGUAUUUGAUAUGUCAGGUCAAGGAAGAUACAGAAACCUAUGGGAACAUUAUUACAAGAAUGCACAAGCUAUUAUCUUUGUUGUGGACAGUAGUGAUAAACUCCGAAUCGUUGUAGCUAAAGAUGAAUUAGAUAUUUUACUACAACAUCCUGAAAUUCGUAACAAGAAAAUCCCAAUUCUCUUUUUUGCCAACAAAAUGGACCUUAGAGAUUCAUUAUCAUCAAUAAAGUGUUCUAAUCUUUUGGGCUUGGAGAAUAUUAAAGACAAACCUUGGCAUAUAUGUGCAUCGAAUGCCUUAACAGGGGAAGGACUUAACGAAGGAGUUGAAUGGAUAACAGACCAAAUUCGCUCUGCUAAUGAGAAGUAACGUUUGCCAUUUAAACCACCAUAUAGCCAACAUAGACGUAUAAUGUACAUAGUGUAUGUAGAAAAUAGAAAAAUUUGUGAUUUACCUAAAUUACAGAAAUCAUCAACAUCAUGCAAACUCAAUAAUAGCCAAUGUGCAUGUGUAUGAAUUUGUAGCACAAAGCAUGAUGGAAAAACAAUUAUUUAUUGUUUUUCAGCUCCUCUAAAAAUUCCUCUGACAAUUUUUCCUUCUACAUUUCCUAUGAAACAGUACAAGUAAGUAUUUCAACAGACGAAAAUAAGAGUAAUUAUUUGUGAUAAUUCUAUUGAUUCCUUUGUUCUAAUUUGUGUAGUACUUGGUUUCCCAUCAUGCUGUGUGCUAGAAAUAUGUGCUCGUAAAUAUUCCCUAUUGAGAGCUGUCCACUGGAAUCUUGCAAUGUAAUGUAAUUUUAACUUUAUUUGGCAGGGUGACCCAUUCAGCAAUUAACUUUUAACUGUUGGGGCCCUGACCAUGACGUCAUGUGUAAAACUUAUGUAUAUGAAACAAAAUAGCAUUUAUACUAUUAUUUUAUUAUUAUUAUUAUUAAUUUCAUUAUAUAGUGUUCAGUUUUUAUCACUAAUCAGAUUCAUUAUGUGCACUGAGCUCGUACAUUCAAUCACAUAUAAAACAUCAGAUUUUUAAUCCUUAAGUUUUGAGGUUCUGUAUCCUGGAAACUCGCAUUUUUUCUUUCAUUUAUUUUUUUACAUAGAAAUAAUUUAAUAGAUUUUACAGGAUUUAUAAUUCAGGUUAAUGAUCUAAAAAUGGAAAAAGUGUUAGACUUUAAUACUCAAUUAUUGGUUAUGCUGCCUUGUUAUAUCAGAGGCCAGGAUUAUGCUAGUCCAGAACUGGACCCUCUUUUCCUCAUAACUGAUUUAUUUAUAUUUUAAAGAUAAAAGGAAUAAUACUGUGCACAAUUCUUACCAGUCUGUUUCCAUUACUUGGUUCAUCUUUGCUGCAUCAAUAAAAGUGGGUCAAGUUCUAGACUAAGGCUGUGCAGGUAGGUGGGUGGUUGGAUGGACGAGCAGUUGAAUGGAUGAAUGAAUGAGUGAGAGUGCAAAGGAAUUGUGUUUCUUUUAAUCUCUAUCGAGAAAAUGGGAAAUGCAGUGAAAACAGUAAACAACAGGAGCAGCAACACAGUUCUUUUUUUUUUUUUWUUAUUUCAAUAAUUAAAGACAUUUGUUUGGAAACAUCUAUUACAAAAGAAGUGUUAUGAAUGAAUUAUUUUCUUUAUUAGUUUUAUCAUAUAAGUGUGAAAAUCUGAAUUCAUUUUAAAUAUGGCAGCCUUGGUGCAAUGAAAGAGUGUAAAUAUGAACAUAAAGAAUAAAUAUUUCAAUGAAACAA